GGCUGCCGGUUCCGUCGCUCCGAAUUGCUUUGCCCAUGGGGCAGCCGGGCCGAACCGUCGGGACCCCCGCCCGCCGCCGGGACGUGCGCUAAGGCGAUCCCAGCAUCAGUGGAACCCCCCUUGCCAUGCCCCCCCCAUAGCCAACCUCCCUCUCCCAGGACGAUGCGGAGCAUCCUGCCAGCCUAACAGGAAGAUUUUUAUCAUUAUUUUUUUUUCUGCCCAAACCUCCUCAGAAGAUUUCAUGUGAGGGCAGAGCCUUUUCCCAGCCAACCCCUCCCCCUUUUUUCACCCCCCCUUGCCAGGGGGUUCCAGCAUCAUGGCAGGCAAGCAGCCUCCCCCCCUGAUGAAGAAGCACAGCCAGACAGACCUGGUGAGCAGGCUGAAGACACGCAAGAUCCUGGGGGUCGGCGGGGAGGAUGAUGAUGGCGAGGUCCAUCGCUCCAAGAUUAGCCAAGUCCUCGGAAAUGAAAUCAAGUUUGCUGUCCGGGAACCACUUGGGCUUAGGGUCUGGCAGCUGGUUUCCGCCAUCAUGUUUUCUGGAGUUGCCAUCAUGGCCCUGGCUUUCCCUGACCAACUCUACGAUGCUGUCUUCGAGGAGGAAUCCGUGAGCAGCAAGACUCCCGUCCGGCUCUAUGGAGGAGCCCUGCUCAGCAUUGCCCUCAUCAUGUGGAACGCGCUCUACACGGCCGAAAAAGUCAUCAUCCGCUGGAGUCUGCUGACUGAGGCCUGCUACUUCACUGUGCAGUUCCUGGUUACCACUUUUUCCCUGGUUGAGAGCAGCCGGAUAGCCACAGGGGCUGUGCUCCUCCUGGUCAGCAGAGUCCUCUUCAUCCUCAUCAGCAUUUAUUAUUAUUACCAAGUUGGACGUCGUCCCAAGAAAGUCUAAAUCCUGGGCUUUUUGUCAUGGGAAGGGUGGGAGGGGGGGGGUUUGUGUCGGUAAUUUUGCAUUAUAACUUUUUUCUUUUUAGUUUUUU